UCAUGAAGGACAAGAUGUCUGCCAGAAAUUUGGGUGUUGACUUUGAUGAGAGCUGGUUUCAGAAUGUCUAUGUGAACUUGCCGGCUGUGAAGAGACGAGCUGAAACGCUGGGAACUCGGCGCACCGUCAAGAAACAGUGGCAGGCUGCAUGGCUGCUGAGAGCUGUGUCAUGCAUUGACCUGACAACGCUGUCCGGUGACGACACGCUGACAAAUGUACAGAGACUCUGUUUCAAGGCUAAGUGGCCCAUUCGACAAGAUCUCAUGAAGAAUAUGAAUUUACAAGAUCUGGGACUGACUGUUGGAGCUAUCUGUGUUUACCCGAACCGUGUGUCAGACUGUGCUAAAGUCUUGAAGUCUAUUGAUGCUACACACAUACCAGUUGCUUCAGUUGCUACAGGAUUUCCUUCUGGUCAGAUGCCUCUGAAGACUCGUCUGGAAGAAAUACGGCAGGCAGUGGCUGAUGGCGCGUCGGAGAUCGAUAUUGUCAUCAAUCGACAGUAUGCUCUCUCUGGAAACUGGAAAGGAAUCUACGAGGAGAUUCGACUGAUGAAGGAGGCGUGCGGAGAAGCACAUCUGAAGACGAUCCUGGCCACAGGGGAUCUAGGAUCUCUGUGCAACGUCUACCGGGCCAGCAUGGUCUGUAUGAUGGCAGGUGCUGACUUCAUCAAGACGUCUACUGGUAAGGAGUCGGUGAAUGCUACGUUUGUUGUUGCUCUCGUUAUGGUUCGGGCAAUACGGGAAUACUACCACCGUACUGACUACAAGGUUGGGUUUAAGCCGGCUGGUGGUAUACGUAGCGCCAAGGAUUCGUGCACCUGGCUGUCACUGAUGAAGGAAGAACUGGGAGACGAGUGGACGAAGCCCAACAUGUUCCGUAUCGGAGCCAGCGGUCUUCUCAUAGACAUAGAGAGACAAAUCUUCCACUUUGUCACAGGCCACUACGCGGCUACACACGAACUACCCAUGGCUUGAACUGGCUGUUUUAAGUUUUACCUCGGGCAAAAAGACAGCAAACUCAGUUGUUUUUGUUUUAAAGUUUAUUAAUUAUCCGGGCCUCAUGCUUAUAAAAAUUUUAAGAGUGUAGACUCUUAUCUUUAAUGAUGUCAUACACAUACAGUUUGUAUGGCUUUGCCAUGAAGUUAAAAGUCUCGGACUCUAUUAGAGUCGUGAGUCCAGACUGUAAAUGUUUUAUAAGCGUAAGGUCAGGGUUGGGGUGAAAUAGCUAGUUUUAAAUUGUUCAGCAAUUUUAUGCGGAUAUCUCAUUUCUUUGGGCAUAUCUGGAGUGGGUGGUGGACUCAGCAGUAUUUUUAGUUAAAUUCUGAAUUGAUUUUGAUUUCAGAUUGUGAUUGUGCUGCAUGAAUAGUGUAUUGUGUUUUCUGGUUUAUUGAUUUGAGGUUUUGAUAAAAUAAUAAAUUACGAUAUUAGAAAAACACAACAUGAUUUUUAUGUACAUGUGAUGCAUCCUGGUGAAAUUAAGGUGAUUCCAUGGAAUUACAUCACUUUGAUGCAUUUUAGGUAUUAUUUGAUUGUCUCCAGAAAGCCAGCUACAUUUGUGAUUACUAACUGUAGUCUGAUAAGAUUAUACAGGAGAAACACAAUAAUAUGGAGUUAGGUUAUCCAGAAACUAUUCAUUAUGGAUGGCAGUGCCAUCAAACAAAAUUGUCACUUUGUAAAUAUAUUCAUAACCCAGGAUAUUCAUUAUGAUUUUGGAUAGACAUUAAAAACCAAUCCUUUAACAAUAAAGUUGUUUGCUUCAUUUGAUACCAAACCUCUAAGACAAUAUUUCCUUCCAUUAUAGAUAGAUAAGUAACUUGCUUGGUUAGUACUAUCUGUUACUAAUCAAAGGGUUGCGAACAUAUCAUGUGCAAAUUCUUUUGCCUCACACUUUGGUAUCAGAAAUCUCAGCAUUCAAUUUUUUGUUGUUGUAUUUGUAUUCCUUGAGUGAAAAUAAAAAAAGAGUAUUAAUGUAUGGAUUUGUUUGUUUGCAGGUUUCAAACAUUUGUAAUCCAAGGGAGACUAUUAUUCUUAAUAUGAUUCAAUAACUCGUCCAGAAAUUUCUUUAUCCAGAUGGUCUUUUUUUUAAACCUAUACUGUCUGGAUUAAUGAGAUUCCCCUGUAGUUUGAUAAAUUAUAAAAUAGACUAUGGGUAAUUUUUUUACUUGUAUAUUCUUUCAUCUGUUUGAGGGUGAUUUCUGGUGGGGAAGAGGGUGGGUGACAUGUUUUCUCCAACAUUUACCUCUUCUAAAAUAAAUAAAUAAAAUUAUUUACAUUAAAAUAAAUGGCAGCUGGUCCCACCAUGUCAUAUUAAUAGUACAGACAAUCUCCUAACAAGUAGCAUUUAAUACUUUUUUUUCUUUCUUUUUUUAUUUAUUAUUCAUCUUGGUGUAUUUGUUUCAUAUUACAUGUAUUUAUAUAUACAUGUACAUGUGCAAUAUAUUCAUUAGUACAUGUACAAAUGUAACUGUAUAUUCUUGCUUGUAUACUUGUUACCUGUUUUAAGAUGUUGAAGAUUUUCACGUUUUCCAUCUAUAACUAUACAUAUAGCAGGUUCAACAAGCUUAUAUUUAGUGUCAUUUAUUGUACGCAAACUGUUCUGAAACCUGUAGAUUGUCCUGUCUGUAACAACAGGAUUGCAUAUGUUUAAAUUAGUAAACCAGUGAUUAUAUAAAAAUUUUCUUUGAUGUAGCAUAUUAUUAACUUCCCAGAAUAAAUUGUAUGCAUUUUAAUAGACAUAUCGCAUCGAACUACAGUCUAAUUCCACUAACAUUUAUUACUUCCUGAAACGGUAAGGACAGUUUUUGCCACGUCUGUUCGAUAGAGUGGUCAAACAUCUUCAUUCUAUUUAUAAAAUAUCAAAUAUGUAACACUUAAAUCAAUAAAGGUUUUCAUACUGAUCAGCUGCAUGGAUAAUAUGUGAUAAAUUUUCUGUAGGAGCUAUUUUAUGUUUGUAUAUAUAUAUAUAUAUAUAUAUAUAUAUAUAUAUAUAUAAUAUGUAUAUAUAAUAUGUAUAUAUACAUGUGUACACACACACACACAUACACACGCACACACACACACACACACACACACUACAAAUUGCUAUUACAUUUAAUGCUUGUUUUGUUUUUCUUCUGUGUAUCCCAAACAAAUAUUAUGGCAGCUAGAUUAUGAUAUCUGUGUUCAGAAUAUUACAGAAUAAAUAUACUGUAAAUA